AUGCGCUCUUCUCUGCCCGCCGUCGCGUCCUUGGUUUCGCUCUUCGGAGCACUCCCCGUAAAAGGAGACAACGACACAUACUGGCCUUGGCAGUCAUUCAAGUCAGAACCAAGCUUACAGCCACCAGUAUUAGACAUCACCAAGUACGGCACAACUUCUCCCGGGUACCUCUUCUUCGACCAAAAUGGCAACUAUGCCCACAACUAUAGUCUUUUCAUCAUGACCGACGAGGGAGACCUUAUUUGGCAAGGUGGUUAUGGUGACUUCAGUGCUUUCAAGGCCCAAACGCUUGACGGCAAACCAGUCAUCACCUUUUUCAAUGGUGUCACAUGGUCAGAGCCUUACGGAUGGGGAUAUGGUCUUAUUGAGGUCCUGGACGAUACUUACCAGAGCAUCUACAACGUCACUCUCAAUGGCUCGCUUCUCCAAACCUUGGCCGAUGCCGACUCUAGCGGCUUUGAGUCAUGGCUAGAUAUGCACGAGGAUCGCAUCACUCUGGAGGGCACCAUGUUAACGACUGCUUAUAACGUCAGUCAAGCCAACUUGACCUCGGUUGGAGGACAGGAAGACGGCUGGAUCGCUGAUUGCCUAUUCUAUGAGAUUGAUGUCAAAACCGACACAGUGCUCUUUGAAUGGAGCGCCUUGGCUCACCAGGACCAGAUUCCUCUCGCUGAUGCUGUUCCAUACUACCCGCUAUCAUAUUUCGGUACCAAUCAGUCUAACCCCUGGGGCCCUUUUCACAUCAACACAGUCAACAAGUUGGAUGAUGGUUCUUACCUGAUUUCUUCUCGACAAUAUUGCUCCAUCUUCAUGGUCAACCCUGAUGGGUCGGUCGCAUGGACAUUGAACGGACGCACUGGUGGCGACUUCACCCUGGAUUCAGGCAUCAGCUUCUGCUACCAGCACGAUAUCAGAGUCCGAAAUGUGGAUGAUAGCAUCAUCGAUGUCAGCUUGUUCAACAACGACAACAACGCCGACAACUAUGGUGUCAAUCAGACGACUGGCCUCUUCCUACGUCUAGAUACCGAGGAAUGGACCGCAACUCUCGUGCAAGAGCUCACUGACCCAAAUGACACAAUCUACGCUGCCUCGCAAGGAAACCUCCAGGUCCUUGACGACGGGCACUCGAUCAUGGGCUACGGCUCGACGCCCAGGAUCAAGGAGUACUACUCCAACGGUUCUGUGGCCAUGUCGGCCAAGUUCGGACCCGGCAAUGGCAAAAUCUUCUCCUAUCGCGCCUACCGUCUUCCUUGGGUUGGCCGACCUAACACUCUGCCAAAAGUCGUUGCCUGCAGGGGACGGACUGGCAACCAGACCGAGGUUUACAUGAGCUGGAACGGUGCGACCGAGUACACGUCGUGGAAGGUGUACUCCGGGGCGUCCGAAUCGGCCCUGAGCGUAGCCACUGAGGUCGCCAGGACUGGAUUUGAGACAUCUGCUGUACUUGCAUCGGUCGCAUCAUACGUACGCGUGGAUGCUUAUGGGACGAAUACGACCCUUGGGUCGUCAGAAGUCAUCACGGUUCAAGAUGAAUGUUAA